AAUUAUUAAAAGAAUAACAUUUUGAAGAAAGCAGUUACUGUAGCGGCAUCUAGUAAUAUUUAAGGGAAUAUUAUGCCUUAGUUGACUUGCCCUGUGGCAUAGAUGGCACCACUUUCCAUACAUUUUGUUUUCUUGUCCUCAAAGUACUGUACUGUCACCCCCAUGGUCAAGAAAAAAAACAAGUCCGAUAUCUUGAUUUAUUUGAAGACGAAAGUCUUUGAAAGUGCUUCACAGAACUAGGACCAUGCCAUAAUAGAUGAUACUUAUAUAGUUAAACUUUAGUGUGAUAGCCUCUAACCAUGUUUCUAUUGAAAUUACAAAAAUAAAUAAAUUAAUAUUGAACGAUAAUGGCUUGCACCAAGGAAGAAAUAGAGAGAAAACGUCUAGCAGCCUUACAGAAGCGAAACAACAAGCUGUCUAACCCCAGCAACAGUAACUUCAAUCAGAAUUCUCUAGGAAGAUGGAACCCAAUGGAAUCUGGGAGUCCAUCUCCCUCAUCUUCAUACGUUAAUAAAACUCAGUUCAACUCGAGACACCACCCCUAUGCUAAAGUGCCUAGAAAUAGUGAAGAAAGAAAUGCUAGUGUUGUGCCGGUUGGUAAAGUGGUCAGUGGCACAAUGUACCUGAUUUCUGAAGAUAGGUUUGAAGUGAAUCCUUCAGAAUUUUGUACACCUCUCAUCAAUAUAUUUAAGAGUAUGCCUUCUAAGAGUUAUGAUACAAAAUCUAAGUUGUGGAAUUUUUCUAUUAAUGAUUAUCAAGAGCUGGUCUCGAAAGUUUCACCUUUAGCACCACACAUAGUAUUAGGACCUAUCCCACCAUAUGUAUUAAAGGUGCUGCGUGAAAACUCAACAGACCCUAAUUCUAUUGAUUUGUCACCCAUUGAAGCAACACUGAGAAAUAAACUCAUGCCUUUCCAAGAAGAAGGUGUCAGGUUCGGCAUAUCGCGGCGCGGUCGCUGCAUGAUCGCCGACGACAUGGGGCUCGGGAAGACGUUCCAAGCGCUCGCCAUCGCCAGCUACUACAGACAUAACUGGCCUCUACUCAUUGUUACUACGUCUUCAAUGAGGGAGACAUGGCAGAGCAAGAUCCAGGAGUUAUUACCGUCAGUACCGAUGAUGAACACAGUGACUCUCUCUACCGGCAAAGACACGCAACUAGUCGCCGAUCAACAGACUGAAGUAGUUAUAGUUAGCUAUAAGAUAACGAGUAUGCAUACGGAAUUAUUGAAGAGUAAGAAGUUUGGAGUUGUAAUCAUAGACGAGUCCCACUACCUGAAGUCCCCGAAGGCGCAGUGUACGCUGGCCCUGAGCCACAUCUCUCGCCGCAGCUCCCGCGUGUUGCUGCUGAGCGGCACGCCCGCGCUCUCGCGGCCUGUUGAACUCUACACGCAGCUCACACUCAUCGAGCCCGGGCUGUUCACCUCAUAUACUGACUAUGGUAAAAGAUACUGUGAUGGCAAGCAGAACAACUUCGGAUGGGACAUGACGGGCCAGUCCAAUCUUGCCGAACUUCAGAUUAUACUGCAGAAACGGUUCCUCAUCAGAAGGACGAAAGAACAGGUCCUCACGAAACUGGAAGAAAAGACCAGGGAAACAGUAAUGUUGGACGAGACCCUCCUACAGUAUACUGGACAGCAAGGCAAAGGCUUGUCGGACAUGGCGGAGGCCUACAAAGCGAGUCGGUCCGGAGACAAACACUCCGCGCUUAUAACCUACUUUAGUGAGUCUGCCCGGGUCAAGAUACCUGCUAUAUGUAAAUAUAUAAAGCAGAUUCUGUCAGAGGAGACGACAGGCAAGUUCCUAGUGUUUGCUCACCACAGAGCUGUGAUCGACGCCAUCUGUGAGACGCUGGACGAGGCCGGCAUGCAUUACAUCAGUAUUGUAGGCUCCACACCUUCUCAUACCAGAGCGGAGCUAGUGGACCGCUUCCAGCAGGUGUCGAGUUGUCGCGCGGCGGUGUUGUCGCUGACGGCGGCGGGCGCGGGCAUCACGCUCACGGCCGCGCAGCUCGUACUGUUCGCUGAACUGCACUGGAACCCAGGGGUCCUGACGCAGGCGGAGUCCCGCGCGCACCGGCUGGGGCAGGCGGCGCGCGUGCGCGUGCGCUUCCUGCUGGCGCGCGGCACCGCCGACGACCUCGUGUGGCCCAUGCUGCGGGACAAGCUCGCGGUUCUCAACAACGUAGGGUUAUGUGGAGACACGUUUGAAAAUAAUACUUUAAAACAUCAGGAUAGCAAAAACAACAUAUCACAAUACCUAUCACCCUGUAUAACGAAGAAUAAAAACGAUUACAUUCCGGGAACUAAUAUAAGAAAAGACUCGAUCAAAAGUGAUAAUACUAGUUCUAGUGUAUCACCUAUACAAAGUACUGAUGAUGUUGAUAAGUCGUUUAUGGAUGAAGACGAAGAUGAUGAGUUACUCGCCAACCUUGAUUUAUGAAGCUACCUCAUAUAUAUUAAAGUAAUAAGUUAUUGUUUGAUUAA